UCUCAUCGUAAGUUUGAGGCUCCUCGCCAUGGUUCUUUGGGUUUCCUCCCACGUAAGCGUGCAAGACGACAUCGUGGUAAAGUCAAGUCUUUUCCAAAAGACGAUCCCAACAAACCUGUACAUUUAACUGCCUUUCUUGGUUAUAAGGCAGGAAUGACUCAUGUUGUUCGUGAUAUGGACCGACCUGGUUCAAAGAUGCAUAAAAAAGAGGUUGUUGAGGCAGUUACGGUGAUCGAAACACCUCCAAUGUGCAUUGUUGGUGUCGUAGGCUAUGUGGAAACACCUCGUGGUCUCCGUGCGUUGACCACAGUUUGGGCCCAACAUUUAUCUGAUGAGGUCAAACGCCGUUUCUAUAAGAAUUGGUAUCGUUCUAAGAAGAAGGCAUUCACGAAGUAUGCGAAGAAGUAUGCAGAAGGAGAUAAAGAUGUUCGCAGAGAACUUGAGCGAAUCAAAAAAUAUUGCCAAGUUGUUCGCGUGUUGGCACACACUCAAAUACUAAAGGUGAAAAUAGGACAGAAAAAAGCUCACCUAAUGGAAAUUCAACUCAAUGGUGGUAAUAUUCAACAAAAAGUUGACUGGGCCUAUGAAAAAUUUGAAAAGACAGUCGAUAUUAGUUCUGUUUUUGAGCAAGAUGAGCUUAUCGAUGUUAUUGGAGUCACUAAGGGUAAAGGAUUCGAAGGGGUGACACAUCGUUGGGGAACAAAGAAACUUCCUCGUAAAACACAUAAAGGUCUACGAAAGGUCGCCUGUAUUGGAGCAUGGCAUCCUUCAAGAGUUAUGUACUCCGUUCCGCGUGCUGGUCAAAAUGGAUAUCAUCACAGGACUGAAGUCAACAAGAAGAUUUAUCGCAUCGGAAAGGGUGAUGACAAGAGUAAUGCAUCAACCGAAUACGAUCUUACAGUGAAACAGAUUACACCAUUAGGUGGAUUCCCUCAUUACGGUUAUGUGAACGAGGACUUUGUUAUGAUUAAGGGAGCAUGUGUUGGAGUUAAAAGGCGUGUUCUUACCCUAAGAAAAUCUUUAAUAACUCAUACGAAACGUUCUGCUCUGGAGAAGAUUUCACUUAAGUUCAUAGAUACGAGUUCCAAAUUUGGUCAUGGUAGAUUCCAGACCGCCGAAGAAAAACAUACAUUCCUUGGAACUCUUAAGAAGGAUCUUCCUCCAACUUAA